UGCAUGUGUGUGAUGUGUGAGAGUCUUGGAGUGGGGAAGAGGAAAAUCGCCCUGCACGGCCUUUGAGAGCGAGGACCUGCCACGCUCUGUUUUAUUUGCCCUGGGGAUCUGGAAUCUCCACUGUUCCUUGAGAGCAAGUCUGCUGAGCUCACAGGCAGGAACAGUUCCCAGAGAGGGGGAUUACUUCCUGCUGGAGGUAAGAAUGUUUAUAACCUGAGUGACUUGUCUCAGGUCUCAUGGCCGGGACGGGCAGAGCCAGGAUUCAAAUGGCGCUUUUCUGCUCCACUUUCUUUCCACAACCCCACGCUGCCUUUUCUGGGAAGCCGAUCCCUGGUGGGCAAGGACUAGAGAGUGCAGUAAAAGCAACAGAAAGCUCUUGCCAGCUCGGGGUAGGAUGAGGAGUCCCCGAACGUCUAGAGCGGGCGCAUCAGACACUGGACCACAUAAUACUCACCUUGGAGGGGCAGCCCUGCCGGAACCACAGUCUCCCCUACAUCUCCUUCCUGAGCUAGGGUGCCCUCCAACACUGAGAGUACGUUCCCGCCCCACGUACUCAGGGGAUGUGCUAAUGAUAACCAAGAAGGGAUCUCCCUGAAGUAACUCACACGCUAUGGAAAGCUUCCCCCGCACCAGUCUGUCCCAUCAUGGCCGCAACCCCACUUUCCUGCCUCAGCACCCUCCAUCAUGCUGUUCCCCUGACUGGAAUGCCCUUCCCUGUCUGAGUGCUGUCCGUCUGAUCCACAUCCCCUCCUCUGUGAAGCCUGAGCUCACUGUGGCCUCUCCCUGCCUCGCUCCUGUUCUUCCAGAGAAGAUUGUGUGAGGGAGUGACAAGCAAACAGCUCUCGGGGAGGGACAAACCUGAGUUCGAAUUCCAACAGCCACAUGCUAGCUCUGUGGCCUCAGUCCCCUCUGGUGUGGAAUGGAGGUAACCAGAGUCAGCUUGUGGCGCUGCCAUGAGGAUGACAAGUGUAGGGACGGAGUCGGUGUGCAGUAAAUGUUGGUAGAGCCCUCACAUGUGGCCUUUUCAACCCAUAGCCUCGAGGUGCAGGGAGGUGGCAGCCUGGGGACCUAUUGGUGCUACUUGCGCUCUCUGGGGCUGGUGUCCCGGACGCUCUGCCUGGGGACCUGAGUGAGUAGUGCCUGCUCUAGUCCCACUGUGCCACCCCCAGGACCUGGCCAAAGCCAGUGGACUCUCAGAGGCCAGCAGGGUCAGGGCUGGCCACCAGGGAGCAGCAAGGCCUGGCUGUGAGUGCCCAGGGCGGGGAUGGAGGCGGGGAUGGGGGUGAGGUUGAGGUGGCUCCAGCCCCAGUGGUGGGAUCCGACUUAGGGAGCUCUGAAGCCGGCUCAGCUACGUGCCCAGAGGGCAGGGGUAGAAAGCAAUUCCGGGCUGGGCCUCCGCUCUCCUCCGGAGUCAUUUCACACACCGUCCCAGUGGUCAGCCGUCUCCAGGGUCGGGGGCAGCCAGCCAGGCGCAGAUUCCAGCCUCCCUAGAGUGCUCGCCGCACCGGCUGGUGUUUAUUUGCCAUGACUGAUAUUCCCGGAGAGAUGGUCCACUUCACCAGCGCCAGGAAAACAGCAGCUUGUGGGCAGCCACUGGGUCUUGGUUUCCCAGCACUGCUGGCAGCCUGGGCAGCUUCCCCGGUGGUCACCGCCACCACUGUGCACAGCUUCCACCAUUCUUCCAGGCCAGCAGCCCCCCAGGUAGCCUCCUCCUCGUCCCACCGCCCUCUACAGCUGCAGGACUGACUCUGCAAACUGGCCCAUGCGGCCUCUCUCCAGAUCUGGGCCCUGCCCAUGGCGGCCGCUCCUCUACCCAGCUCUCCUUGCAGACGUGCCCUCUUCUCUUUGGUGCCUGCAGAGUUAGCUCCCUGAAUCUUUCCCUAAAGUGCCCCCCACCCCAGGCGUGACUGCCCUGCUGAGCCCACGUCAGUUCCCAGAGUGCCCAGGGCCCGAGGCAGCCUCUCCAGAGCCCCAAUCCUGCCUCUUCACCUCACUGCCCCCACCCCAAGGCCCCCCUCCCAGCCUGACCCCUUCCCUGCCUGUGCACCCUAGGGGAUCCUGGUUUGCUCCAGGUGGCAUCUGCUGUCUAGACUCAUUCCCCCGAACGUCAGCCCCACCCUCUCUUCCUCCACCGCCCUCCUCCCCCUAGUCCAGCUCUCUACCCUGACGGCUCAGUGCCGCUGGAAGAACCGUGGGGCAAACAGCUGUUUGGAGAGCCUUGUGGGGGUGGGAGCAGCUGGCGAUGCUGGGAGGGAGCUGCAGGGACCCCCAGAAAAAGCCGCAAGUGACCCAGCACUCAGGACCCAGGAGCAUGAGGCUUGAGGGAGGAGAGACAGAUGGCCAGCCAAGAGUGACCCCGCUGCCCACACCCAAUGGCAGUGGGCUGAGCCAGGAGCUUGAAAGCCAUUGGCCGGAGAUCCAAGAGAGGUCCCCAUGUGUGGCUGGUGUUAUCCCUGUCAUCUAUUACAGCAUCCUGCUGGGCCUGGGGCUGCCUGUCAACCUCCUGACCACAGUGGCCCUGGGCCGCCUCGCCGCCAGGACCAGGAAGCCUUCCUACUACUACCUCCUGGCGCUCACGGCCUCAGACGUCGUCACCCAGGUGGUCAUCGUGUUCGUGGGCUUCCUCCUGCAGGGAGCAGUGCUGGCCCGAGAGGUGCCCCAGGCUGUGGUGCGCACGGCUAACAUCCUGCAGUUCGCUGCCAACCACGCCUCCGUCUGGAUCGCCGUCCUGCUCACAGUGGACCGGUACAGUGCCAUGUGCCACCCCCUGCACCAUCGGGCCGCCUCAUCCCUAGGCCGGGCCCGCCGGGCCAUCGCCAUUGUCCUCAGUGCUGCCUUGCUGACUGGCAUCCCCUUCUACUGGUGGCUGGACGUGUGGAGGGAUACAGACCCCCCCAGCACGCUGGACAAGGUCCUCAAGUGGGCUCACUGCCUCACCGUCUAUUUCAUCCCUUGUGGCGUUUUCCUGGUGGCCAACUCGGCCAUCAUCUGCCGACUACGGAGGAGGGGCCAGAGUGGGCUGCGGCCCCGGGUGGGCAAGAGCACAGCCAUCCUCCUGGGCAUCACCACGCUCUUUGCCCUCCUUUGGGCACCCCGGAUCUUUGUCAUGCUCUACCACCUGUAUGUGGCCCCUGUCCACCGGGACUGGAGGGUCCACCUGGCCUUGGAUGUGGCCAACAUGGCAGCCAUGCUCAACACAGCCGUCAACUUUGGCCUCUACUGCUUUGUCAGCAAGACUUUCCGGGCCACUGUGCGAGAGGUCAUCCAGGAUGCCCGCCUGGUCUGUACGCUGGGAGCCCGGCCAGAGGACAUGGUGGUGGAGCCUGUGCUGAAGCCUCCAGAACUCCUCAAAGGGGCAGAAUUGUAGAGGAGGGGUCUAGCCGGGGAACUUGGGGUGGCUCAGGGCCCGAUGUGCUGGGGCAUUUGUGCCUGUGCCCACAAGACUUCAUCAACACCCUACUUGCUGUCUGGGGGUGGGGAAAGAGGCUCCUUCCUUUGGGGGUGGCUCCUGAGGUAGAGGGGAGGACAAGUUCUCCAACUCUUACAUUAGCUUCACCAGCAAUUCCCAUUCCUGGGACAAGGAAAGGGCUCUGCCAGGUACAGGCUAAUGAUGUCAGCUGCUAUGGGCUUUCCUUUGCAAGGGACAUUUCGCCGGGCACAUUACGAAGGCUAAAUUAAUGUUGGAUGAAUGGAUGGAUGGAUGGAAAGAAUGAAUGAAUGUGAAUUGUUUCUGCCCACCCCCUUUCCUGGAGCCCACCUCUCAUUCCCUGAGUUGAUCACUUCUCUGGUUUCCAGUGGCAACACCAGGGUGAAAAGCAAGAUUCUGCAGGAUUCCAGGCAUUUCCUGGGCUGAGGGAACCAAACGUGCCAGGCGGAGUGAUGGGCAAGGGACUCCUUGGGAAAGGGGGUGGUCUUGAAGCAGAUUUGAUGCCCCAGCCCUGGGGCAACAACCCCCUUGGGUCUCAAGCAUCCUGGUUUGAUUCCCUUAACUCCUUGCCCUGGAGCCGGAACAGGUUCAGGCGCCCAGAUCAGCCCUGGGCCUGCGGUUUUCACUAUGGCUGUGACCAGGAGAGAAAGGAAAUACCUGUCAGCCCAGGGGCCCCGGAGGAUGGGAAGGGAUAACUCAGCCCCGCCCACCAAGCCCUCUCCACUGGAGAAAGGCCUCUUUCCCCAUCUCAGGGAGGAAGGACAUGGCUCAGCUGAUCUGAGACCCUGAGGGGCUCUGCUCCACCCCUCCCCAGCCUCUCCAGGGCCCCUGCUCUCCUUUCAGCAGUGAUACCAGCCAGAGGGGCAGCUGGGAGAGAUUAGCAGAUGGACCUCCCACCUGCUCCGGGCGCUGGGUAAACACAUUAGCCGGCAGGGAGCUGGGGCUGCUUUCUGCUGCCCAGUCAGGCCGAGCUGACCUUUCCCCCGAAUGGGAGGUCCAGGCCUGGCCCGCAGCAGCACCCAGCCCCCUAAUGGGACAACAUGGGCAAAAGAGCCUGAUGUGUGCCGGGCACACUGUCAGUGCCAAAUAAAUGCUCGGCUUUCCUCCUUCCCUCUCGACUUCUCCCCAGAGCAGGAUGUCCAGGAAGGGACACAGCCACACCCAGAAGCAGGAAGCGGCAGCUCCUCAAUCCUUUAUCCGUAAUUCUAACCUCCAAAAAGCUCUGAAAAUCUGUCCUGAGUUUGUCACAAACACAUUUAGUGGCAAAACCUGACCUGAACUGAGGCAAGAGGAUUUCUGUCGUGACGCGGUCCUGCUACCUGCGACCCGCUGCAGACUGUCAGCGGGUGUAGUUAUGCGCGGCAGCCACACGCCCUGCUAGAACCGAGAUCUCAUACACAGCAUAGGCCACACAUGGCCCUCCUCUAUUCUGAAAAAUUCUGAAUUGUUUUUUUUUUCAGGGGAAGAUGCACCCUAAGCUAACAUCUGUCGCCAAUCUUCCUCUUUUUUUUCUUCCUCUUUCCCCUCAAAAGCCCCAGGAUAUAGUUGUGUAUCGUUGUAAGUUCCUCUGGUUCUCUUAUGUGAGCUGCUGACACAGCAUGCUACUGACAGAUGGGUGGUGUGGUUCCGCACCCGGGAACAGAACUGGGGCUGCUGAAGCCGAGGGCGCCAGACUUUAACCGCUAGGCCAUCAGGGCUGGCUCAGAUUCUGAAUUCUGAGACACGUCUGGUCCGAAAGUUUCAGAGAAAAGAUGGAGGAGCUGUAAGUCCCACUAUUUCUGCCACAGUGCGUGGUCUGGGCUGACCCUGAGUGGCUCUGGGCAUGGAGGACUCCCCCUUGUGCACACAGAUGUGUCCACGGGCAGGAGUUGAUCAUCAGGGCUUUGUUCCUUGCUUAAGGAGGAGGAGGUGCAAGUGUGGGUACCCUGGGGGAGAAGGGGUUACUGGAGGAUGAGAUGAUGCCUCCCCCAGCUCACCGGAGGGGCCAGGUCCACCCUGUAGAAGGAGGCACUGGGAAGAAAGGUGCCUUUUUGAUGCAGAACCAAAUGGAACACUGUGGAGGAGGGACCUUCUUCCCAUUCUGCAGGAAACCCCUGGGGACCCUGCAGGGGAGCCACCAAGUAUCAGGGAAGAGCAUUUUCAGGGAUGGCAACCGAGGUUGGGGCAAGACCAAUGACAGGAGGCCUCUUCAGCUGGCUGGUGGGCUGUCCUCGAGGAGACAGAAAGAUCCACUCCCUCAUUCCUGAGCACCCGUGACAACUGGAACUUCCAGAAACAGGUGGCGGGCUCUACUGUGACAGGUGGAGUUUGGCACAGGUGGGGGCUUCGAGCCGCCAGAACCUGGGUGUUAAUAUUAACGUGACUUCACUUGUACACACAGGCUGAGGCGACAUCAGUGUUUUCAAUGAACCCUGUGUCCUGAGUAUCGUAACCGUUUCAAAGACUGAGGAAACGGAGGCACAGAGAGGUUAAAGGAUGUGCACGUGGCCCUAAGCUGAUCAAGGGCAACAGUGAGAUCCGGACCCAAGUCUGCUGGCUCCUGGUUCAGUGCCUGUUCUGCCCAUCAGCCCUCAGGUGCUCUCAGGUGCAGAAGAUUAGAGGUGGGGCAGCUUUGCAUCGCUUAUAACUUUGUGGUCCUGGGCUUAUCAGAUUUGAGAACCGAUGUCAUAUUUUCCUAAUAAAAUGCGUUAGGUAACCGUUUCUUUUUAACAUUUUUGUAACCUUUGAUAAAACGAAGACAUCAUCCCUUUAUAAGCAUGUCACUGAAAUGUAAAUGAAAAGUAUGAUUAGAA